CAACGCUUUUCCUAAAGCAUUUCGUACAUUUAAAAUCUGUUAUGUGAAAAGCGCAGUUAAUUCUUCUGGCACACUAAAAGCUGGAAGUUAGGGGAGCUCUCCGAGGCUGGCCCGUAUCCCCCACCGUGGCAGAGGCCUCCCGGGAUGCGGGGAGAUGCCUAGGGUAGCCCACGGUGGCUGCACAGCGGGGAGCUGGGCGCGCGGGUCCUGAGGCAUUUGGAGCCCUCAAGAUGGGACCCUACACCCACCCCACAGGCAACCGUCCGAGGGUUGUCGGGCAGCCUGGAGAAGGGUGGGAACCAACGGCGAAUUCAGCCCCUGACGCCGGAAAAGAGCACGCGGAGAGCGCCUUCUCGCGGGCUUGGGGCGUCUCUGUGACUCCUGGGUUCGCAGGGAAAACCGCCGUCCUUUGAAGGAUUCCUGAAGCGUUUCAGCCUGCGAACCCGGAGGACGGUAGGGGUCGGAGAAUCGUGGCCCCAGCCGCCAUCCCUUGCAGGCUCUUUUCGCUGCCAAUGCAAUGCCCUUCAAAGAGAGCGAAAAGGGAGAAAGCCCAGUCCUUGAACGCCGGAGUGGCGAUGGGGAGAGCACCUAGAAGCUCGAGCGUGAGGAGCCCACAGGGAGCCGGCCACCAGGGCCCAGGCGCUAGCCCGGGUUUGCUCAGGCCGCCGGGCUCGCCCGUGGCCCCGAGCUCCCGCGAAGCGCCGGCAAGUUCUGGCGCGAAACCGCAGGCCCCGCCCGAGGACGUGCGCGGGGCGCGGCCGCCAGCCCAGCCCCGAGCGCUGCGGCGCCUGCCACUCCCUACUGCCCCUCGGUGAGCGCGCCGCUGCCCACCGCCUCCAAUCGCUACUCCGCGUGGAGCGCUAUAAAUAUGCAGAGACGCGUCACGUUGUGGGAACCCGCACGGGCCGGUGGGGAGGGAGCCGCCGUCUAUAUAAACGUGUCCAAGGUGGGCCGACCGGGGUUAAGCGACUGCGGGAGGGAGAGAGGUGGGGCUAGGGUCUGCAGCCCGGUGAUCGCGCCCCCGUAGGCAACACCGGUGAGUUGCUGCGCUCCCUGCCCUGCCUCUCUGCUUCUGGCCAGGGAGUGCUGCUCCCGGGAGGAGGUGGGAGGUGCCCCGGGGGUGCCGAGCGUGAGCAUUCCCCAGGGAAGCCGGCACCCCCGAAAGGAACUGACUUUGGGACCCGGGAACUGGGGCAGCGCCCCGAGCGCGCCGGCCUCGAGGAAGGCACGCUCCCUAAGGGCACAGGGUCACUGCAGCCUCCCUUCCACUGCCACUCUUUGUAGAUCAGAGUUCUAGUCCGGGGUUCUAGACCUCGGGCUUGGCCCCAACCCCCAGGCCUCUUCCGCACGGGACAGGUGAGCACUGCGCGCUGCUGGAGCCCCAAUUCUUGCGUAACCUGCCCUCGGCCUGGCCCGCACAGCUCGUCAUGUUCCCGUGGGGGUUGAGCUGCCUGUCAGUUCUGGGGGCCGCGGGCACCGCUCUCCUGUGCGCCGGCCUCCUGCUCAGUCUGGCCCAGCACCUCUGGACCCUCCGCUGGACGCUGAGCCGGGACCGGGCCUCCGCCCUGCCCCUGCCCAAGGGCUCCAUGGGCUGGCCCUUCUUCGGCGAAACGCUGCACUGGUUAGUUCAGGGUUCGCGCUUCCACAGCUCCCGCCGGGAGCGCUACGGGACAGUGUUCAAGACGCACCUGCUGGGCAGGCCGGUGAUCCGCGUGAGCGGCGCGGAGAACGUGCGCACCAUCCUGCUGGGCGAGCACCGCCUGGUGCGCAGCCAGUGGCCGCAGAGCGCGCACAUCCUGCUGGGCUCGCACACGCUCCUCGGCGCGGUCGGUGAGCCGCAUCGGCGGCGGCGCAAGGUCCUGGCGCGCGUGUUCAGCCGCGCGGCGCUGGAGCGCUACGUGCCGCGCCUGCAGGGGGCGCUGCGGCGCGAGGUACGCGCCUGGUGCGCGGCCCGCGGUCCGGUAGCCGUCUACGAGGCCACCAAGGCGCUCACCUUCCGCAUGGCCGCACGCAUCCUCCUGGGGCUUCGGCUGGAUGAGAUGCAGUGCGCCGCGCUGGCCCGGACCUUUGAACAGCUCGUGGGGAACCUCUUCUCACUGCCCCUGGAUGUGCCCUUCAGCGGCCUGCGCAAGGGCAUCCGGGCGCGGGACCAGCUGCACCGUCACCUGGAGGAGGCCAUUGCUGAGAAACUGCAGGGGAACAAGGCUGUGGAGCCCGGGGACGCCCUGGACGUGAUCAUUCACAGUGCCAGGGAGCUGGGCCGCGAGCCCUCGGUGCAGGAGCUGAAGGAGUCGGCUGUGGAGCUCCUCUUCGCUGCCUUCUUCACCACGGCCAGUGCCAGCACGUCCCUCGUGCUGCUGCUCCUGCAGCACCCGGCGGCCAUCGCCAAAAUCCGCCAGGAGCUCCUGGCGCAGGGGCUGGCGCAAGCGUGCGAUUGCCCGCCCGCGGCCGCGGGGGACGACGCGGGACCCCCGCCCGACUGCGGCUGCGCGCCCGACCUCGACCUCGCGGCGCUGGGCCGCCUGCGCUACGUGGACUGCGUGAUCAAGGAGGUGCUGCGCCUCCUGCCGCCGGUGUCUGGGGGCUACCGCACAGCUCUACGCACCUUUGAGCUCGACGGCUACCAGAUUCCCAAGGGCUGGAGCGUGAUGUAUAGCAUCCGGGACACGCACGAGACGGCCGCGGUGUAUGGCAGUCCGCCCGAGGGCUUCGACCCGGAGCGCUUCGGCGCUGCGCGUGAAGAUGCGCGGGGGGCUCCCGGUCGCUUCCAUUACAUCCCGUUCGGCGGCGGUGCGCGCAGCUGCGUCGGCCAGGAGCUGGCGCAGGCGGUACUCCAGUUGCUGGCUGUGGAGCUGGUACGCACCGCGCGCUGGGAGCUGGCCACGCCCGCCUUCCCCGCCAUGCAGACCGUGCCCAUCGUGCACCCAGUGGACGGGCUGCAGCUCUUUUUCCACCCGCUCGCGCCUUCGGCCGCGGGCCAUGAGCUACACCUCUGAGCCUUGGCGCUGUGGGACCUGGCUUGCUCAGUGGCUGUGGCGCUCUCUCAGCGCCGCCCACGUGCAGCUCUCCAGUGCGUCAUCGAUUGCCCGUUCACCCUUUCACUGGUUCAACACACGUUCACCGGAGUGGCUCUGUGCUGGACUCGGAGGAAGAACAUGAGCCACUGUCACCGCGCGGGAGAAUCGUCCCGACCAGUGGGCAUGUGUAUUGUGCGCUCCACGCCCGAGGAAGGCAUGGUCGUGGGCCAAGCCUCUUAAGCCCUUCCGAGGAUCUCGAAGAUCUCGUUGCACCAGUCCCCGGAGGAUGCGUGGGUCGCGGGGCCGCAGGGUAAGGGAGGGCUGUGUGUUCCUUGCUGACCGAUGCUGGGGCCUCCCCACGCUCCGCGGACCUGCAACCCUUGAGAGAAAGCCGGGUGCAGAGGCGAGUCCCUGGCCUGGCUUUGGGCCAUAACCACAAGAGGGACACGUAAAGGGGGCACCCAACGGAAGGCCCUUAGGCAGUUGGCCCCCGACUUCGUGCGUCUUGGCCACUCCGAGGCUCUGGGCGGAAACUCCCAGCUGUGCGGGCUUCCAGGACUCUAAGCCGCUCAACACCCCCGGAUUCUGCUGGCGACUUCUGAAAAGAAAAAUUCCUACUCCAGGAA